CGUGCCAUGGACAAACUCGGAAUUACCAGUGAUGAGAAAAUGGAAGUGUAUAGCAUGGUAGCCGCAUGUUUGCUAAUUGGUGAAAUCAAAUUCGGUGAACGUAGCGGUCUCGACAUGAGCUAUGUGGACGGGAAAGCAGAAAUCGAUGCUGUGACCAAGCUACUAGGAGUAAAAUCUUCCCGUCUGAAUGAAGCACUCACAUCGCCAAGCAUUAAAGUUGGCGAGAAUGUGAUUCGAAAAAAUCAGAACAUGCAGAAGACGGUAUUUUCUGCAGCAGCUCUGGCUAAGGUACUGUAUGAACGCAUAUUCCGAUGGUUAUUAGACAAAUGCAAUGAAGCGAUUAGUGAAAAUACAAGCAUGAGUGAGUUGCCUUCUCAAAUUUUACUUUAUUUCUAA